CCACCAACACCCCAAACCGCUUCCCGAGGCAACUCCACUACCAUGGCUGAACGCCGGAAGCGCCAGCAUCCCAAGGGGCCCGCAGCGCAACGCCGGGAGAAGCGCCGUCGAGGAGCUAUCGACGAGGUCGGUGCAGCCCAGGAACACAGGAGAUCUCUCACAGUCCUGGGUCUUCUGCAGGCCGUAGUAGUGGCGGCGGGCGUGGUGGCAGCAGGACAAGCUCAUCGUGCCCACUGCCCUCAGGAACGGGAGCCCAUCUACGAGCCCAAGCGGCUUCCGUAGGCCCAACACGAGGCGGACCUCGAUAAACGGCAAGGCUGGCGGCGGUCGUACCGCAUGGAGAAGGCCAGCUUCCACAAGCUUGUCGAGCUACUCCGCCCUUCGCUGGCAGUCAACGCCUUCUUCGGCGGUGAGAGUUAAUGUGUAAAUGCAGCCGCCCACGGCAGGAUAUACCUGGAGAGGGUGACGCCGGGGUUCCAGCAGCCAGCGUCAACGACGCUGAACUGGACGCUCGGUUGACUGGCAUGGAACAGCGGUUAGGCGAAGCGAUGGAAGGCAGGAUGCAAGCCAUGAUGAGCCAGGUGAUGAGCCAGCUUCCAUCGUUGAGGGGAGCGUUGGAUGUUGGAGGUGUUCCGCAGGAGGAGGAGUCCGGCGGUGACGUAGGGGCAUCGACAGGGGCCAGCGGUGACGCUGCCGCCCCGAACAGCAGCCAGGGGUCCGCCGCGACGGGCACAGUGGGUGUAGGCGGCUACGGCAGAGGAUAUGGCUCCCAAGGUGAGGCAGCCGCAACCGGCGGUGGCGUUGGUGGUGUUUUCGUCAGCGGUGAUGUCGCUGGUGAGGGUCUUUUCACGGGAGGCGGCGGAAUUUCGAAACUCGCCGCGUCUCACGUAAACCCACCACAGCUCAAGAAAGGGGCCGAGCAGUACCCGGGGUGGAGGCAGGAUAUGAUCGUGCAGGCAGGCAUUCUCGACAUAGGCGAUGUGUUCUCCGGCGGCGGGGUGCUGCCGGACAUCAACAAGCCACAGACCGCCCUUCUCGAGCAGGGGUUUUCGUAUGCAGCAAUCCGCAAGACGUAUCUGGCGUGGAAUUUCCUCUCUGCCACGUUGACUACUGAGACGAACAAAGCCAUCCUCAGUCGUUGCACGAACCCACGGGAAGCCCUGCGGCAACUAGAUGCGGCAUACCUGCCGGAGACACAGGGUGCAUAG